AGGCUCACAUACGUACACAAACGCCAGAGAAACUGGGUUUGUGUAUUUAAGGGAGAUCGCACCUCCGACAAGGCAGUGCCUUGUAGUUCGCUGAAGUUAAACAUAUCACGAUCACUGACGCACUUGGUGGAAAGCAAUCACAGUCACUUUGGUAAAGCGCAUAUCCAGCGACGGGAGUCCUCGGAACCAACCGUUACAUUUUUGAACCGAGACUGUUACAGAGUUUUGACGCAGAUAAUGGACCGGACAUGGAUUUUAGGGUACUUGUGCGGCUUUGUACUUGUGCUCUCGUGCAAUGCAUUGGAAGGUCACCCCGAUAUUUAUCAGCGAGAGCUUGACUUGUCUGAACUGCUGAUGGGAGACAGAGAGUUGGGUGAAGACACCCCAGAUUUUAGCCAAAGAGAAAUUACCCAUGAGAUCCCCCUUGAUGUUCUACGAGCCCUGGGAAUUCAUGGUUCUAGUCCAUCUGGAUCUGUCCAAAGCCAUGGUUUUUCUCCACGAGGUCCCUCUCCAUUUCGUCCUCGUUCCAUGGGGCCGUACGUCCCUUUCCCUCCCGGACGGCCGACACCCGACAACCUCCUCGCCAUCUGUCGCUACGGCAACAGGCGACCCCGGUACACGCGAGAGUCGCUCCCUCAAAACGGCUUCGGUCACCUGACCCGCCAAGCCGACGCCAUUAACCGCGCGGAGUUGUGGUACGGCGGGUGUUGCCAAGGCAACAGUAGUCACGGCGACGAGGGAACGCUGUGCUGCGCUGAGCAGGCGUGGAAGCAGUCACUGUCCGCCUUUUGCGAGGAGGAGUUUAGCAUAAAGACGCGUCACUACCACUGCUGUAAGGAGAGGACCGAACAGGCCAAAUGGGAAUGCUUCAGCCGAGACGCCCCUAACCCGUCCUAUCAGGCCGACGCCCACGUUCCCCAACUUUCCCAGAUGUCCCAGAUCACCAUCAUUCCGCAAGACCUGAGCUUCAAGUGGAACCCUAACGUGUGUCCCAAAUAUGAGUCGGUUCUGUCUCUGAGGUCUCUCAAAAGGGGCGGCAAUAAAGUGGUGGACAUCGACUUCCCCCCCGGCCGCCCGGACGCCUCGAACAUCGAACACGUGUGUGGCGGUCGCAAGACCCGCCCCCUCUACCUUGUCAAGUGUCUGCCUCGCAGAGGCUAUGGCUGGCUGGCCCGUCAAUCGAAAGCCAUGAACAGGAUGGAGAGGCAGUUUAAGCUGUGUUGUAAAGACAGCGCUGACAAGCUGACCUGCGCCGAGCAGAAGUGGAGAGAGGUGAUGGACAUGUUCUGUCAGGAGGAGGAGAAGGCGACAGGGCCAGAGUUUGAGUGUUGUAAGCAGGUCCAGGGAGAGGAGCGCUACGCCUGUUUCUCCGCCCGGGCCCCCCAGCCUGCAUACUUCAGACAAGAGAUGGUGUUGAGUGUCCAGUCUACACCCCAGUCUCCAGCCAUGCUCUGUAACACACACCGCAACAUCAAAAAGAGGUCGCUCUUGCCGUUCCCAGUCAACAAAAUCGUGAGGAGUUGCUGCCACCCAGCGGGCAAUCGGAAAAGUGCUUGUGUGGUCGAGAAGCUGGACUCCAUGCAGCAGGCGAUGUGUUCAGGGAGGGAACCUCUACCUGCCCAGGUUGAUGCAAGCUGUUGCCAGAAGAAUCAAGAGGAUUCCCCAAAAUGCCUCACUGAGAUGGUGAUGCGUGCCAUCGCCAAGGCAACCGAGUCAAAGGGAUUCAGGAAGAGAAAAUGCGCACUCUCCUAAUUCCCUGUCUUCACUCCACCCGUUACCUGCCAGCCUGUGUCAAAAAAAUGUAUAUAUUUAGUCAGCCGUUCGGUACAUCCUUUCUCUUUGGGUGGAAAAGGAGCCAGUGUACAUUCACUGCUUUGAAUGUAGUUUUUUUUUUAUAACUCUGUUUUCUGGUCUAAAAACAGAAUAAUUUUGCACCCUUUACGUUGUUUUUAACUGUCACCGUGGUUAUAACGCAAAACCUUUUUUUUUUUUUUUUUCGUC